AUGCACACGGACGAUGAAAGCGAGAUUGAAUACACGGUGGUUAAGCGCGUUGCGUCCGUUACGAUUGAAUCGGAUAGUCAGGUGGAAGCAGAAGUGCAACAGCGAUCUGGACGUAUAAGACGGAAGAAAAGGAUUGUGAAACGGAAAAAUGUUAAUGACAAGAUGGAUGUCGAUAUUAUUGCUUCUCAGUUCAGUAUCAUAAACAGAGGGAUGGACUGGGAUGGCCUGUGCUCAGCAAGUGAAUUGUCAUCUUCUGAAACCUGCUCCUCCGAUGGUCGUGAGGCGGACGAUGAACAAUCAGAUUGGGUUGGUCGUAUAAAUGAAGACCAAAACUUUCCUCUUCCGCAGAUAUCGACGAAGCAACAGCGCUUUAUUAAAACGCGUACUGCAUCAGCAGCUCUGCAACGAAAGCUUGAACGGUUUAUUCGAGAUGAUAGUCAACGUGAACUUGUUGUAAAAAACUGGACCGGUUAUCAGCAGGUUAGUCGAGUUUUGCAGUUUUUUGGUCUGGAAGUUUUGAAAAGAGGUCGUGGGAUGGUAGUUUUGAAGAAGACACGAUAA